UGUCCACCACUGCUUUCACUUUCUCAGGCAUUCGGGAUAUUAACAUCCAUCUCUAUUGCCUCCGAGGCAGUUUUGUCACAUCAUUGCCACAACCUAGAGUUAGGCAUCUGGAUCUUGGAAGACUUGCUAUUUCCUAGACCUUGCACUGCAAUAUUCCAGAGUGACCCAUCGAGCUUACAGUAACUUAUCCAUGGGUACAAAAGUUCCCACCUCACGAGUUUCGAGACGCUUACUCUACCUAAGAUGGCAGCUGAAAGGUCCAAAAAUCUACACUUGAAUGCAACUGGUCCGCAUAGACCUGCCGGAUCGGGAAGACGGCUCCAUUGACAACUUGACCCACUAUUUUCUUCUCUUUUCCGGCAAUCUGUUGAAGUCUUGGAGGCAAGAUACACUUGGCUUUCUCUCGAAGCGCUGCUGGGUACUCUCACCUUGAUUUUGAGUUUUUGCUUUCGUUCUCUGCUCUGUUCUAUCAGAACCCCGAGAGUGAUAUCCGGCUGCAUUUAAGACCAAGAGCAUUUUCCUCUCGAUCUGUUUCUGUUGCUAUCUGGAUAUAAAGCAGUUCAUAAAGAACCUUUGUGAACCUGAUAUGAUUAGUUGAGCUACAAUGUCACCUUUAGAGCCGCACAUCUGUGUUGUCGGCGCUGGGGUGUCUGGGUUGAGAUGUGCAGAGGUCUUGCUCCAGAACGGAUGUCAAGUAACUAUUUUAGAAGCAAGAGAUAGAAUUGGUGGGAGAGUAUGCCUCUAUUGACAGUCAAUCUUCAAAUUGAGGCUGAAUAUCAUGUAUUAGUGGGCCAAACUGGAUACACUCAGCAAGUUUUGUUCCCCGAGUAUUAGAGUGAUGUUCUAAUGUAAAAACAGUCCGACGCAGAAGGCCGCUUUCCGAUCCUUGAUCUCGCAAGGAAAACCAACACUCCACUGCACAGCUGGAACGACAAACAAAACAUAUACUCUUCAUCGGGAAAACUCUUGCCAGCCGCAAAAACCGACGAACUUUCUACCAUCCUCUGGGAGGAUAUUGAAAGCGCUAUGGCUCACAGUGCCAAGAAUUGCAAAGAUAUCUCAGAGACAGAGAGCUUGCGUGACUACCUUGAAAAGAAAGCCAGAGAAAGAUUUUCAGAUCGAAAUGAGGAAAGGGAAUUGUUGAUGCAAAUGGCUGAAAUGUGGGGAGCUUAUAUUGGUGAUCCUGUCCAUACACAGAGUUUGAAGUUCUCUUGGAUGGAAGAGUGUUGCGGUGGUAGUGGCGAAAUGUUUGUUGAGACAACAUGGGAGGCAAUUCUUGGGGAGAUUGCAAGACUGCCACUGGAUAAAGCCAAAGUUCGCCUUGGAGAAAAGGUUGUAGCUGUUAAAACUCUGGAGAGAGAAGCUGAGGGGAGUCAUGUUGUUAUCCAUACAGAGAAAGGAGAACGUCUAGCGUUCGAUGAAGUUUUGAUGACAACUCCUCUUGGUUGGUUGAAGCGAAACAAAGAUGUGUUCCAGCCCAGUCUCCCGGAAAGAAUUCUCACAGGUAUUGAUGGAGUGUCAGUUGGGCACUUGGAGAAGGUCUACAUCACUUUCCCAUCAGCCUUCUGGAUUGACCCACCCACCACUGAACCUGAUCCUACCCUUUCCCCUUCCGAACUUGCGAAAGUGAACGACACUUUCCCAGGUUACACGAACUGGCUGUCUCCCACCUAUUCACUCAGAACAAACCCAGAACGAUUCCCAAUCGAAUGCUGGAACCUUGCCUCUUUCACACCACCUAAUGCUCAUCCGACCCUUAUCUCCUACCUCUACGGCCCUUGCUCAGCCUACAUCACAAGCCUCGUCCACGGCCUCCCAGACUCCGAACAUCACGCUCUCCUCUCCGAUUUCUUCAUGCCGUACAUCUCUCUGCUGCCAAACUACUCCGCUUCGAAUCCCGAUUGUGUGAUCAAGGCUAUUUUGUCGACGGAGUGGCAGAAAGAUGAGUUGAGUGGCUUUGGAAGCUAUUGUAAUUUCCAGGUGGGAGCGAAGGAUGCGAGUGGUGAUGUGGAGGCGAUGAGGAGGGGUGUCCCGGAAAGGAGAUUGUGGUUUGCGGGUGAGCAUUGUGCACCAUUCGAUGAGUGCGGAACAGCUACGGGUGCAUAUUUGAGCGGAGAGGCGGUGGCGAUACGGAUGUUAGAGGGUUAUGGAAUUACCAGUCCCAUUAUAUAGAAAGCUUGUCCGAUUAUGAUUAUGGCAACGCGCGAAUAUGGGAACGCAUGCUUCAUCUUGUGACAGUUCAGUCUCGGUGAUCAUUUCUAGCAGGUACGGGAAACCAGUGUUUGAUCAAAUUUGCAGAUAUCCUGAACACAAUAGACGACGAGUUGCUAUUUAUGAUCGUCAGCCCCUCGCAGAGAAAGGCUCUCUAGAUAUUCAUUUCAUUUUCUCCAAAAUCACGACGACAUAAUAUCCC